GAGCAUUCGUGGUCAAUCCCUGGAGAGACAAACUCUGAAGGAACGUCAGUGAACAGAGAUCUGCAGCAAGGCGCUGUGGUCACGUGACACCAGCUGACAAAGACGCACCCGACUGUACACCUCCUGUCCGUUGGCGCCCCUUGUCAAUCUGAAAAUGCGGCCAGUGCUGGCCGCUGCGGUUCUUACCGCGGUCCUGCUCCCCCUCCUGGGCUCCUCACCAGCCCAGGCCACGAGGAACCAGUGGAACGGCGAUGCCGAGAGCGAACUAGACUACGAGACGGAGGGUGAGUUCUUCCCCGCCGAGGAGGAGGAACCCACCUUCCGGCGGCAUCGGCACGGGAAGAAGCGGGCAGACGGGAACGACGAUGAGGACGAGGAAGAACAUCUAGCCGUCGGCGGUGGUGUCGAGGACAUCGGAGAACAACAAGUCCACAAGCAUCACCACCACAAGGAGAAGGCAAGACCCGCUUCUGCUGAAAGUCGUGAGCUGGCCCGAAGUGAGGAGGGGGAGGCGGCGUGGAACGGAGACGCCAGCACCACCAGUGACUACGAGGAAGAGUGGGCAGGAAGGAAGAAGGGACGCCACGCCGGCAGGAAGGGGAAGAAAGGAGGGAAGAAGGGACGGAAGAAGGGAAAGGGACACAGGAACAACAAAAAGAAGAACCAGAUACCAGUGCCCCCUGGCGAGCACGAGAUUGUCACAUUCGACGACAUCAUGGGGACGGAGGACACGGACAGUCGUCCCUCCGUCCUACCGCCUGUCGCGUCUAAAGCGACCCCUGGCGGCGAUGCUGCAGCUACAAAACUGCCCGAUGUCCGCCCCACAGAGACGGUCGGUCAGGACGUAAAGAAAGGAAGGGGAGGCAGAGGAAGAGGGAAGGGCCAUGACGCGCCCCGGCUGAACGGUGCCCAGGACGUCCCCACCUCCGACCUGGAGGACUUCCUGGGAAUGAGACUGCCUCACAACACCACCGACGUCUCCUGUGAACUGCACGAUGAUUGCUUCGAAGGUGAGUGCUGCAAUGCGAACAAAGGAAAGUGCGUGGCGUACAAACAGGAGCAGGGCCAGCGAUGUAAGGACUCCUGCAUGUGUCGGAAGGGUCUCCGUUGCUUUGUGCGCAAAGCCAAGAAGAUGGUAAAGACAGGAAAGAUCCGAGGUCAGUGCAUGAAUCCAGAGGAUCCUGACCUACCCAACGGAGGGGCAUUCCUCCCUGAUAUCUAAAUACUAAAAAACAAUGAAAGCAGAUAAGGCUGGGGAUAACAUUACAUCACAUAUUUCAGUAGACACAUAUAGGAAGAAAUAAAGUGAUAUCUGAAAGGAUGAACAAGUACAUAAUGCAGAAAGCUUAUGGCCAAAGAAUGCUUAUUUUAGCGUGAUGAGAAACAUAGAACUGUGUUCAGCAAGGUUUCCAGCCACUGAGAGUCUCAAACAUUCUCAAUGCACUAUGGGAGCAGUAAGACAAGAAGACAUCUGUUUGAAUCAUGCAGAUGCAAAAGCCGUGUUAACGAAAUUCCUAAAAUUGUCAAAAUUCAAGCCGCAUUUUCCCUAAAAAAGCUGGAAUGCAGAAGCCCACAACUAUGGUUCCAGUCUUCUUUCUACGUGUCGAGCAGAUACUACACAGAGGAGCGCAAUCUACAAGGAGACAACAAGUGUUCGACAGAUCCUAACGAUGGCAAAAAGUAGCGGCCACUCUCUCCACCCCCGUGGGGUUGCCAAAAAUGAUUCCUAUUGAAAAUGCCCCUAUCUUCAAUGAAAAGAAGAAAAAAAAUUGUUUCACACACUGGCUUUGUUGUCUGCAUGAUUCAAACAGACCUGUAACUGACACCAUCCAUACAUAGCAUGGGGAGAAGUAAGUGGAAGACUGUUAAAGCUUACAAAGUAAAAAGAAUAUGCUGAAGAAGCCAAGCCUUGCAGCAAGACAGAUGGAAGUGGUAACACAGGAUGUAGUAAAGUUCAGUGCUCCCCAUCUGCGGAUGAAGCCUGGACCACCAGGCACAGUUCCGGCCUUCUCAGGCCCAGCCCAGGUCUGUGCCUGAUGUACUAGGCUACACCCCACAAAACAUUCAUACCAACCGUUGUUCUACCGUUGACUUCAAACACACACAAGGAAGGCAUUUUUGCCUAUCAUGCAGUUUAGGAAAAAUGUUUUAACACAAAAUAGUUAUACUCUGGUAUAGAAAAUUUGGAAUAAAACCUUGUCUGUACAUAACAGCUAGACAGAUGAAACUGAAACUAUUUCUCUUACUGUAUUGAGUCAUUAACCUGAUUCUCCCUAGUCAAGGAAACAAAUAACAAAGUAAACCAGUAAUUAAGUACUGAUUAAGGAAACUUUGUAGGAAUUAGUAACCCGUAAGCCUGUAUGGUAGAAUAAAGUCGUAGUGCCGAUUGUGAUUCCUGUAAAUACACCAGCCAGCAAGCAGUUUCACUUUCAGCAAGCCUAGGCUGUUAGUGUCUAUGUUAAAAGAACUUCACUGAUGUCUUAUCAUUGAUGAUGUGCAUGAAAAUUAACACAGAAAUGUGUUUUAGAUUUGUUAUUUUAAAAAAGCACAGAGAGUAGAGUAAAUGUUCUAUUCAGAAGUUACUAUAGUGCAAGAUGAUUGCAUGAAGAUAGGUCUACAAGGAAACUGGACCUGUUAAAGAUUGUACUAGUACACAUAUCAAGUAAGAUGUGGACAGUUUCCAACUACUUCUGUUGUGUACAGUCUACAUAUUGCAGAGGACAGAGUCUGUGUUGUACUGGGUCUGUGGUGAUUCUGUCUUCUAGUGAAACUUGUUGUAAGUUGUGCUAUCAUUCAGGUGGGUCUAGUUACCGUGAUUCUUACACAUAAGUCCUGUUCCUGUGACAAUGUUGUCCUCUAUGCAAGUUGACUGUAAUUGUUGUCAAAAAAUUAAAAGAAAUUAAAAGUAACUACAACACA